AGUUACUCAACACUGCCCGCCAUAUGUCAUAAAAAGCGCAGCCAAGUUCGUUUUUUUCCUAAAAUUUUUAAACGUGAAAAAUGCAGGCGGAAUUCAAAUUGAGGUCGAAAAUCCUCUUGCAGCCUUUGGUGCUUUUACACAUAAUUGACGCCUACGAACGUCGCCCCAAGGAUUGCACUCAGGUAAUUGGCACUCUCUUGGGGCGGAACAAUCCAGAAAGUGGACACCUCGAGAUUAGCAAUUGCUUCACUCUACUCCAUAAGGACUAUCCUAAUAGCGAUCGGAUCGAUGUGGACUUGCAGUAUGCCAACGAUAUGUACGAAUUGAAUCAGUUGACCUAUCCGCAGGAGAAGAUUAUUGGUUGGUAUGCCACAGGAAAAGAGGUAUCCCGUUCGGCAGUCAAUCUCCAUGAGUACUAUGCCCGCGAAUGUGCCGAUGGCAAUCCAAUGCACUUGCUAAUUGACACCUCGCUGCGUGGCCAACGGAUGAUGAUGCGUCUCUACACCGCUGUCGUAAUGGGUGUUCCCAAUGGUACCAAGGGUCUUAUGUUCUCACUACUCCCUGUUGAGAUGAGUUCGGGUAACCCUGAAUCGGUGGCCCUAAAUCUCAUGAAGAAGAAUGCUCUCCAGCCGACCAAACAAGUCGGACGCAUCUUGCCCGAGCUGGUCCAGGUGGUGGACAUAACUCGUGACCUGCAAACGAAGUUGGAUUUGGUUUUGCGUUAUGUCAACGAGACUUUGGCUCGAAAACGUACUCCCAACAACACGGUGGGCCGGGCUUUGCAUGAUGCCCUCACCUCUGUUCCUUUGGUGGAUGCCGAAAGUUUUCGUAUGAUGUUCAAUGCAAAUGUUCGCGAUAUGCUGAUGUCCAUCACAUUGGCCACCAUGAUCAAGGCCCAGUUGAAAAUAAGCGAAAGUGUCAUCGCUAUGCCAGAUCUUUAAGCACGAUUGAGAGACAAAGAUUUUUUCAAUAAAAAAACAGUAGCUUUAGCUUCUGUAAGGGGUAUA